AUGGGUCUGCAUCGUGAUCCUAACAUUGUCACUCCCGAAGCUAGCAUCUUUGAGAAGCAACAGCGCCGCAAGCUCUGGCAAGCCGUCCUUCUUCAGGACACCUUUCUAACCGUCCUCCUCUCCCUGCCCCCGUCAGCAACUCACACAGACGUCUCCGUCGAAGACCUUCUCGACGACGGUUCGGCCAUUGCCUCCAGCGACCCGACAGACAUCGCCUACAUACGCGGAUCAUGGACGCUGGCCAACCUGGUCCAAGAAACAAUCUGCUCACCGCGCUCUCUCGACAUGCCCAUCUGCACCACCGCCCGCCACAAGUCCAAACUCGUGGCCGAUUUCCGUGCCGUGUACCGGUCGUUCCCCGACGUCUUCCGGUCCUGGGACUCGGACAGUCUCACAUCGUUGGCAAGAACCAAUAAGCGCGUCGUCCGCCAGACGUUGUUCCUCACGAGCAACUAUCACCACAACAUCAUGCUCGUACACGCCUCCGAGUCCCCGGACGUUCCCGUAAACGUACGCGGCACGCUCGAAGCCGCGCACGAGGCGAUCAACUCUUUCUUUCUGCUCUUCAACAUUUUCGAACUGGAAGCCCGGGUGUGGUGGGUCUUCAACCACCGCGCCUUCCUCGAGGCGCUGUGCAUCGGCAGCGUGCUCCGGGAGACGGCCAAGGACCCGGCGGCGGUGGAGGCGGCGGAACGGGACCCGCUGUUCGUAAGGGCCAGGGCCGAUAUAUCGCGCAUGAUUCAAAUCAUGGAGUUGAUGGGCGAGGGGGAUCAAGGGUCCGAAGUUGCUCGGGCGCGGGUCCAGGUGUUGAAGGACCUCCUGUGA